AUGUACCGAAAUUCGAGCUCUUCAAACUCGAGUUUGAAUUCUAGCUCAAUUAGAAGUCGAGCUGGAAGUGUCGAGCGAGGAACGGGAGGAUAUUCGAGUUCUAGAGAUCCGGCUCCUGCUCCGUAUCGAACGAGUUAUGGAAGAGAAUCGAGUACGAGUUCGAAUUUGGAAAGAAUGGUAAGAUUUUGGAGUGUUUUGUGCUAAUUUUUCAGAUAGCAAAACACUGUUUCAGAAAAAUUCCAUCUUUUCUAGAUUUCCUUUAAAAGGGUUUCCGGACACAAUUUUUGUGCAGUUUCAGAAUUUAUCUUCAAAAAAAAACCACGUGGUACUUUUGGUGCCAGAAAGUUUCGCAAUACUUUUUCAAUAUCCGAAAAUUUCCAGAAGAUUUUUCCUAAUUUUUUCUUCAGAAAUUUCAAAAGAAAUUUUUAUUUUCAAUUUUUCAACUGAAACCAAAAAAAAGUAUCCGUUCCAAUUUUUCAAAGCCCAGCGGCAAAAAAUAAAGAAGCAACAGCUGUUUCUUUAUCAUCAAACAACAAAUAUAUCCCAACAUUUAUCGAUUUUUUGGUUUUAUUAGUUUUUAGAUAUUUUCAGGCUGAAGUUUUGACUUUUCAGCCUGAAAGGUGGGGCGUUUUUUUAAAAUCUAGCAAUUUCUAGAUCGAUUUUCAUUCUGAAAACGACCAGCUAGUUAGAAAUAGAGAUUUCGAAAGUUUUAAAAAAUUAAUGUAGAAAAAUUUUUGAUACUCAAAAUUUACAACUUUUCAGUCAAGAUCAACUGGCUCAACUACAAAUUUAUCUCGAAUGUCACGUGCCACGUCAUACGAUCCAUUUCGAACCACAACUUCAUCUACAACAUCUUCAACUAGACCUGGUUUAGGUCUGAGUUCAGGCCUGAGUUCAGGCUCAAGCUCAGGUUUAAGUAGACCGAGCUACAGUAGCAGAUAUGGAAGUACGGAACAAUUAAAUUCUUAUAAACCGCCAAUUUCUUCACGGUAUAUGGGAAGCUCUUCAAGUUCUUCUUAUACGCCUAGAAAUAUUCGAGCUGGAAGUGUUAGUAGUGGAAUUUCUUCGGGUGAGAUUUUGAAAUUUUAGAGAGAAAAAGUUCUUUGAAAACUUACAGCUAGAAGUGAAUUCAAAUUUUUCUUUAAAAAAAUGCAAAAUGAAAAUUCCAACAAAAAUAUUUUCUUUUUUAUAUUUUCAAAGAGUAAAUCCGGACUUUUUGAAUACAAGAAAAUUUUGUUCAUCAAAAAAAAUUGUAUUUUUUGAAAACAAAAAGUACAAGACUUACUGUAGCUCAAAAAUUGAAGUUUUUGUGACGUCAAACAAAAUUCAGAAAACGAUUUGAAUUUUUUCUCGAGAAUCUAAAACUUAUUUUCAAUAGCUCAGAACUAUCCCGGAAAAUUAAACUCACUUUUUUUGGCACCGAAAAAAAUUUGAGCCCAUAAAAAUUCGGAACAUCUGGUUUUCAUCAUUUUUUGCUCAUUUUUUUGCAGCCUACGAUUCUUCGUCUUCUCAUAUUGAUUCUUCAUUAUCGAAAUAUCGACCAACUGAAACGUAAGUUUUUCUGAAAACGUCUUGAAUAUUCAGACUAAUUUUAUCAAUUUCUUAAUGAUUUUUGGGUAUAGAAAUUUCAAAAAAUCCCAAAUUUUCAGCCCGAAAUACACGAGUUCCACCUAUCGUAGUCCUGAAAACAGUCGAUAUUCGAGUCGAAGUUCUACAAUAACUCGAUCAUUUUCAAAAUCAAUGAGUCGCGAAAAAUCGGAAGAAAAAUCUGAAAAUGAAGACGAAGUUGAGAAGACUUUUCAGAAAUUAUACGAAAAAUAUGUAAAGAAUUCGGAUUCUGAAACCGAGAAUUCAGAAGCUGAAAAUGGAUCUGGAAGUUCUUCUGAAAACGAGGCUGAAUCUGAAAUUAUAAAGAAAAGUAUUGAUUUGGAUAUUACACCAAGAGCAUCGGCGACGAAUUCACCAAAUUGUACACCAAAAUGUUCACCAUUGGUGCAGAGAAAGAAGGUUAGUGAAAUUGCGCCACGUGGAAAGAUUUUUGAAUUAAAGUGUCAGGAGAGUUAUAUUUGCAUUUUGGAUUACUGUAGCUUGUUGAUAUAUUUUUUCGGAAUCUUAAAAUAAUUGUUUUACCACGUGGAAAAAUGUUUUUUAAUGUUUAUUGUAGUUUUUGAUCUAUUUUUUCUUCGUCUAGCUAGAUUUUCCAGUUACAACUAUUUUUCAGAUAAUCCCAGUAGCCUCGUCUUCAUCUUCAGAAUCUGAAGAAGAUGAAGCUGAAGAUGAAGCUGAAGAGGAAUCUGUGUCCGAGGCCGAGCCUGAGAUCCCACCUGGACCUGUUGCCGAUCCGACUCCCGUCAAAAUUGCCACUUCUAUCCGUAUCAAUGGAAAACAAUUGCAGGAAAAUCAGAAUUUCGAUUCGGUUCAGGGCUCGGGAUUGGGUCGAAAAGACUCGAUCCCAACUCAAAUCGAACCUGUUCGGAUCAAGAUUCGAAGUAAAACUCCGGAUAUUUCUGAUGAAGUUAGAGACGCAGAGAAAAAGGAGCCAGAGAAGGAGAAAAGAGGUAGGGAAUAUUCUCGGGGCUUUAGCUUUGAAACUGAAAUUCCAUGUCAAAAAAGUUCUGUGGAAGAUUUUGAAAUAUCUCAAGUUCCGGCUCAAAGUUCAAAGCUCUCCCGCCCUGCUCAAAAACGUUUUACAAUCAGAGAGCACCGAAAUUUGAGAUACGCAGAGUGCGAAAAACCUAAUAAUUUUUUUUUCUAAAGAAUCACCAUCAUCUUUGUCUUCUUCUUCAAAUUCGUCAGUUGAAGGAACAGGUGACUCUUUUUGGUUUUUUUGCAAAUUUCAUAACUUUUAUGAAUUUUCAGGUUCAAUUCGUAGAAAAAGACGAGAUCCGAAUCGAACUUUGGAGAAUUUGAAGAAUAUUUUGGAUGAGAAAAAGAUGAGUGAAGCUGAAAAUCCCGCUAAAAUUGAAAUCGUCGCUGAAAUUCCACCACAACCUGUUGAAACGCCGGGAAAAAUAGCUGAAAAUCCUCCGAAAACCCGUCAUAUUCCAAUUCCUUUGGUGCUUAUAACAGCUCCUUCAUGUCCAAAUACACCAAUGGCAACAACUCCAGUCAACACUGCUGCCAGCAUUUGCCUCUGGAAUCAAAAACCAUCUUCGACUGAGGAAAACGAAGAGGAGAGUGUAGAGGAAGAUGAGGAAGAAUAUGAGGUAAGUCAGGUUUCUACAUUUUCAAAACUUCUGGUUUACUGUAAGAAGCAAAACAACGAGACUCCACAAUUAUGUUUCUCGAAAACCGCCUCAAAAGAAUAUUUUCAAAUUUAAUUUGCAGGAAGAAGAGGAGGAUGAAGUGUAUUCACAUGAUGAUUGGACAAGUGCAGAAGAAGAUGAAGAAGAGGAUGAGGAAGAAUGUGAGUUUUCUAGCUGGAAAUACUAAGAAUCGCUGAAAGAGAAUUGCCCUCCAAAAUUGAUCAUUUUUAGAUGAAUCAAGUGAAUGUGAAUUCUCGGUUUCGCAAACCUUCAGUCUAUCCGGUCAUUUACCCAUCACACAAAUGUUUCCAUCUGCUACAACAUCAACCGGUUCAAAUGGUUCUCCUCGAGUCAGUGAGUUCGAUCUCACAGAAUCCUAUUUGAGCAAAACACGGAAAGAGGAAUCCCGUGGCAGAGUGGAUAGUUUGUUCGCCAAACCUGCACCCACUCUUUUCACAUGCAGUGUAAGUUACGAUGGUGGAGAAGCAGAAGAAGAAGAAGAUGAUGAAGAUGGUGAGGAUUGGCUGGAUGAUGUGCAGAGUUGCGAAGAAUACGAAGAGGAUUUUCGUGAUGUUCCGAUCGUUGAAAGACUUGGGAUAGGAUCAAGGGAGGGAUAUUUGACACCAGAUGGAAGUGAAGAGAGUUAUUAUGAUGGUGGAACAGUUGGAUGUACGCUGAAGUUAUUAGAUCGAGUGGCAGCUAGAGGAUCAGAAUCAGAAGAAAGUGAAUAUUAUGAGGAUGAAGAAUUUGAAGAUGAAGAAUAUUGGGAUGAAGAAUAUGAAGAAGAGGAAGAAUAUGAGGAAGAAGAAGAAGAAGAAAUCGAAGAGGAAUUGGAAUAUUUUGAUGAUGAAGAGGAAGAACCUUCGGAACUUAUCUCUCUGGUUGAACCACUUCCAUUUGAGCUGAUGACAGUUUCACAAGUUGAAGAGAUGAUUGAAGAGGCCUCGUGUUUCCCAGAGAUUCGGCAGAACUUUUUAGACCAAACGGAAGUUGAGCAAUAUUUUGAGAAUACUUUGGUCCCUGAAUUGGUCCCAACUUUUGUCCGUGCAAUGACUGAAAAUGUGAAAGAGGAGCAGACGAGUCGAUUUGCGAGUGAAAGGAAACCGGCGACAGAUUUUGCGAGAAAAGCUGUGAUUCAGCCGGCAAAAUUGGAAAAGGUGAAAGUUGGAGAGCAGGUGGAGACAAAGAUUGGAGAGUAAGUUCACAGGCAGAUGCAGAACGGCCGGAUACUUGCCAAAAAUUGAAAACCGGUCCGAAACUUGUACGUUUCCGACCAGUGUUGAAAAACGGCCAGUAACAACUCAAAAACCGACCAGUUUCUGACCGGUUUAUCAAAAUUGACCAGUAACCGGCCGUGUUUUUUCACUGGUUUUCGGCCGUUUUUGUUGAAUUUGAGCAGAAACCGGCCGAUUUUCGAGUGGUUUUUGGGCAGUCUCUGAAAGGGUCCCCUGAAUGGGGUCUUCCUCCUCCAAAAAAGGGUCCCCUGAAUGGGUCCUAGUGUUUGUCAUUUCUCCUGAAUGGGACCGCGCGUAGCACAUGUCAAAAAAUGACGAAAAAAGGGUUUUUGUCACUUUCCUGAAUGGGUCCUCUAAAAAAUGGGGCCCAAAGUGCAUUUGGCGUAAUCCUGAAUGGGACCAACCUCUUGUUUUGUCACUUUCCUGAAUGGGACCUCAAAAAAAGGGGCCAGUUGUGGUUUUGUCAUUUUGCUGAAUGGGUCUUGUAAAUUUUUAUCUUGUUGAUUUCGUUUCGGAUCGCCCAUAGCCAUUUUUCAACUCGAAAAAUGAGUUAUAAUUUUUUAUCUACUCUGAUCUUUCCAGUCAGAAUAUCGGGAAUAAAAUUUCAAAUAAUUUCCUCUAAAUUUUUUUUUUGAAACGAUUGAUUUCGAAGUUAUUUUGAGACGACGGAAAAGAACAAUUUGGAUUUUUUCUGAAAUUAUUUCGAAAUUUAAUUGACACAAUUCUCAAAAAAUCUGAUAUGAGAUUCUAUUUCGAACAGUCGAUUGUGAAACACUCCUACUAUUUGCAAGUUUUUUUGAAAAUCAUUAGUCAGUACUCAAUUUCACUUCAUUUUCAAAAAUAAAAAAGUUGACUCGAAAAUGGACCUGCUAAAGAGUCAUAUUGUUGAAAAAAAAACUAAUUUUUAAACUAUCCCUUAUUACUUAGCUAAUUAGAUUUUAAUGCGCAGUCUCAGUGAACUACGGAAGGAAAACUUCCCAAAAAAGGUCAUCUUGCUCUCCUAAAAUACGCACUAUUUUCUUCUUGGACGCAUUCUUUUUUAGGGCCAAGGUGCGAAAAUUUCUGACAGGUGUGAAAAUAGAGAUGAUAUUUCUGUAUAAUUUUGAUAUUUGUUUGAUUUUUUGCAAUUAAAAACUCUAAUUUUGUAAGAAAUUACGAUUGAGUUGAUGAAAUUCAUGUCUUUGUUGAUAAAAUGUAGGUUAGAAAGAUAUAUGAAAUUUUGAAUUGCAGUGAGGCUUGUCGUGAGUAUUCUAGUGAAAAUUUCCAAAGAAAUCUCGAAAACAAUAAGAAAAAUGCAUUACAUGUUUCCUAACCGAUUCCGAGGCUUCUUUCAAUAAUUACACAAAAGUUGUUCUUUUUCGUCGUCUUAAAAUAACUUCGAAAUUAAUCGUUUCAAAAAAAAGUUGGAGGGAAGUAUUUGAAAGUUUAUUCCCGAUAUUCUGACUGGAAAGAUCAGAGUAGAUAAAAAAUUAUAACUCAUUUUUCGAGUUGAAAAAUGGCUAUGGGCGAUCCGAAACGAAAUCAACAAGAUAAAAAUUUACAAGACCCAUUCAGCAAAAUGACAAAACCACAACUGGCCCCUUUUUUGAGGUCCCAUUCAGGAAAGUGACAAAACAAGAGGUUGGUCCCAUUCAGGAUUACGCCAAAUGCACUUUGGGCCCCAUUUUUUAGAGGACCCAUUCAGGAAAGUGACAAAAACCCUUUUUUCGUCAUUUUUUGACAUGUGCUACGCGCGGUCCCAUUCAGGAGAAAUGACAAACACUAGGACCCAUUCAGGGGACCCUUUUUUGGAGGAGGAAGACCCCAUUCAGGGGACCCUUUCAGGAACUACCGGUUUUUGGCCGUUUUCAACACUGGUCGGAAACGUACAAGUUUCGGACCGGUUUUUCAAUUUUUGGCAAGUAUCCGGCCGUUCUGCAUCUGCCUGUGUUGGAUUUUUUUAAUUGUACAUCAGUAAUAGCUUCUAUCAACAUAAUAAAUAUUUCAGAGCUCCCAAGCCAAAACCAAUUUCUGCUCCAACACCACCACCAUCACAAGUCCCUGAACCGGAAGACAAAACAGCGAUUCGAAAAUCGGCGCUGAAUAUGAAAGAAGAGGAUGCAAAGAAAAAAGCGAUGGUCGAUGAACUCGCUGCUCAACAAAAAGCACGACGUUUUGGAACAGUUUCAGCAAUUUCAGCAAAACUGAAAAACGAAGAGGAUAUGGCUUAUAAAAAAUCAUCGCGUCUAGAACCCGUCGAUAAACCAAAAAGAACUUAUGAAAUUGUGAAACCUGUGUUGAAUGAUGAUUUUGAUAAACAAAUGAAAGAGAUUCGAGAACAAAUGAAAACGGGGCAAACAAAACUGCAAACGAAGAUCAAAGAUUUGUCGAAGGGUAUUCAAAUCGAUUCGGAAGAUGCAAAAAUUCGUGAAAUUGCGGAGCAACGUCGGGUGACAAAUGAGAAAACGAGUGGAACAUUGGGGAAAGUGGAGGAGGAAAAAGCGAGAUUUCGAGCGGCGCGAGAUGCGAGUGUUGAUCGAAUGGAAGCAGAGAAACAUUUACGGAAGAAGAAGAUUUUGAUUGAUGUCAAAGAUUUGAAUCAGGAAAAGAAACCGGAACCAAAGAAAACUAUUCGAAGAUGGAAACCACCACCACCAGAUCCGAGUAAGUUGAAUUUUCAGGAGGAAUCUUGUCAGCUCAAUGCAUAAAUUUCUAAUUUUCAGACGCCAUCAUCCCUUCGUUUUCUAGUGGUCCAGCGGCUGCAACUAAACCUCCAAUUCAAGAAUCUGUCAAGCCAACAUCCAAACCAAGUACGCCCAUCGCAAUUCGAAAGAAAAUCUUACCACGCACUGAAAGCCCUGUCCAAGCUUCUCCACCAUCUUCAAUCGCAUCAUCCGGUGGAGCAGCAGCCGCAAGGAUCUUGCGCAACAUUCAGAGUUCCGGAGAGAAACGCUCAAGCUCGCGCAGAAAAACACAGGAAAUCGUGAAUGAAUCGGUAAUCACUGCUGAAAAGAAAGUGAGAAGAAAGAUUCAACCAAGGAAGAAAAGAUUCAUAAGGAAAGAUCGGGAUAUCGAUUUGCUUCUCGGCUUCCAGCUCAACGCAACUUUCGAGCAACUGGAAAAACUUUUUGAGAUCGCAAAUUUCGAUAAAUUUCCAAUUGUUCAAAAGAAAGAGAAAAUCAGAAGAAGACCACCAACAAAGACAUUUAUCAGUAAUUUAACCGAUAUUGAUAAAAUCUACAAAGCUUCAGAAAUUCGAGAUAUUAUUGCAUCGGUUAAUUUGGUUUAUUAA